UCCUCUGUUUCUCACUUCAUCUCACUAUUCGCCCUUCUUUCUUAUUAUUUUCCCUAACGUAAAAAGUUUAGAAAAUAUUGUGGUAAGAAAUAAAUUCUCAUCACCCUUUUACCAAUCGGUAUCUUGAAUCUGAAUCGGAGAAGAGAGAGACACGGCGGGUUUCGGCAGCGCCAUAUGAGAAGUGGAGGAACCGAGUUAAGUUCCGAAUCGCGAAACUCAGAUAUCGAGGUUUGAGAAUUGCGGAAUGUCUCUAAAACCGUCCUAUUCGGCGGAGAAUCUGAUGCUUCCGGUAUCCGAUCCUCCCAACGAAGAAGACAGAGAGAGGCUUUUGAAGAGCGAUAGUAAGACCUUCCGAGGACGAAGGAUUUACGCUGCCAUUUCUUACAUGUCAUGUGCAGUGCUCUUGAUACUGUUCAACAAAGCUGUUCUUUCCUCCUAUGGCUUCCCGUCUUCGAGUAUCGUCACGCUUCUUCAGAUGGUAUGUUCAUGUUGUUUUCUUUAUGUAUUGAGGCGCUGGAGGAUGAUUUCUCUCAUAGCAGGCGAGUCAGUUAUUACAGCAGAUAACUCGAAGAAGUUUGUGCCACUGAGGACUUUGAAGCACACUCUUCCUCUAGCAGGAGCAUAUUUACUUUACAUGUUAGUCACCAUGGAGUCUGUCCGUGGAGUAAAUGUUCCAAUGUACACCACCCUUAGGAGGACCACAGUGGCAUUUACAAUGCUUGUAGAAUAUAUGCUGAUGGGGCAUAGGUACACAUCUUCUGUCACUUUCAGUGUUGGCUUGAUUGCCUUUGGUGCAUUUAUUGCGGGAGCACGGGAUUUCUCCUUUGAUGCCUAUGGCUAUGCCAUUGUUUUUCUGUCAAACAUCACCACAGCUAUAUAUCUUGCAAUGAUAGCCCGUGUUGGAAAAACUAGUGGCCUUAAUAGCUUUGGCCUUAUGUGGUGCAAUGGUAAGCUGAUCGAUUGUACAAAAUGGCCUAUCAAACUUUAUUUUCCUGGUAUCAUAUGUGGGCCCUUUUUGGUUAUUUGGACUUUAGUACGGGGUGACUUGAAGAUGACACUCAACUUUCCAUACCUUUUUUCACCUGGUUUUGUUGUUGUUUUGCUUUGUUCCUGCAUACUUGCUUUCUUCCUGAAUUACAGUAUUUUUCUGAACACAACUCUCAAUUCAGCCCUGACUCAGACAAUAUGUGGUAAUCUGAAGGAUCUAUUCACUAUUAGCUUUGGCUGGAUAAUUUUUGGUGGGCUACCCUUUGAUUUUGUGAGUACUCUUGUCCCGACUGAUUUUUUAUCAUUCGAGGUAUUUUUCUUGUUGAUAUGCGUUUUUGUUGCAGUGGAAUGUAGUGGGACAACUUCUGGGUUUUGUGGGCUCUGGUUUAUUUGCCUACAAUAAGCUCAUCGGCAAAUAACUCACUCAAAUUUGUGCAGUUGAUGUCUUUAUGGAUUAGGGACUACCAUUUGCAUCUGUUAUCUGACCUUCAAUACAUCCCUUUACAAGGAGAACCUUUAGAAGGAGAAGAAUCUGAAUUGAUUCUACACAUACUCUAAUCUAAUUUAUUGGGAGAUUUUGUUGAGUCAAAGUUGACAUCAAGACAUAUCUCAUGGCCUUAGUAUAUUCUACCUGCCUUUGAUCUAGCAAUGAGUUCACCUAGUUUGUUUGAUGAAUCCAUUGCACCUCUCUCCACAUGACGGGGAGGGAAAUUUUUUGAGUUUACAUGUCUUCAUUCAUUUUUUUGGGAAGUCGAAGAAGACGGGAUUAGAGAAGGGACAGUAAGCUUAACAGUUUUGAGGUUCGAAUGUAGGAUAUAGAUAUCCAUUUCUGGACUUCACAUGUAUGUGUUCUUUAUGUUUUUGGGAGAGUAAGCUACACGGUUGAGGGUCAAUUAUAGGAUCAUAUUUAUAUCCCAAACAGAACUUAUGCGCCGUCUCUUUGGUCAUCUCAUUUUUAUUUUACAACUCUACCAAUAAUAACUACUGGGAAAUCACAAAAAUUGCUUACCUAAUAGCUGAAAUGUCUGCUAUUAUUUGACAACAUAAAUGUACGUUUAGUAAUUUUAAAAAAUAUGUAAGUUACCAAGUGGAGG